CCGCACAUCUCGCAUGCGAACACGCGAGCGAACGCACCACGUGCUCCUCCGCAUGUGUACGGCAUGGCGAACUGGACGCAGGAGGACGGAGCUGCGAAACCCGUCGCAAGCCCCGCAGACGUGUCGACGGCAGCGCAGAUAUCCAGUGGAAAUGUCGCGGCGGUUCCGUGUCUCAUCCCGUCGUUCGCGGACGCGGUGAAGCUGCUGAACGCGCGGUACUCGUGUCUGGUGCUGGACUCGCACCGCAGGCACAUCUCACUGUCGCCCGAACACCUGCGGAAGAAACGCACGGGCAUCCGGGAGGAGCUCGCCGCUGAGCUGCUCAAGUACUCCAGCAGUCUGAAAGGUGUUCCUGUGGCGUAUGACGACAUUAAAGUCGUGGGACAGCAUGGAGAUAUUUAUGACGAUCAAGGAUUCAUUCACCUCAACAUCGAGGCGUCGUUCGUGGUCUUCAAACCAAAGAAAGGGUCGAAGCUCGUGGGUGUGAUUAAUAAAAUGGGAGUGGGUCACGUGGGCUGUCUGGUUCACGGCUGCUUUAACGCGUCGGUGGUGAAGCCCAGUCUGCUGAGCUCAGAGCAGUGGAGGGACUGUGGACUGUGUGUCGGACAAAGCCUGGAGUUUGAGGUCUUCCAGCUGGACGCCGAUGCUGCAGGUGUUCUGCUCAUCAGGGGACGGCUGGAGAAGUGCAGAGUGCAAGAGCUCGUGGCCCAAGCCGAACAAAAGGAAACGAUUGUAGAAUCCGCUACAGAACCAGAAUCCACAGAAGACACGAUCGACAGUCCAAAACCCAAGAAGAAGAAGAAGAAAGACAAGCGUGAGAAAGAGUCUCUGAACGACAGCAGCCUGGAGCAAACGUCAGAAAACCAGCAAACCGCUGCCAACACAACCGAGAUAGACCCCAGUGCAAACAGACAUCACAAAGAGAAGAAGAAGAAGAAAGACAAACGGCAGGAGGCGGAUGAGAUCUCGCCCUCUGAGCUCUCGACGAGCGACUCCAGCGGAUACGUGAGCGAGAAAACCAGCAGAACGAGAGCGGCCGAGAGCGACCACGGCCUGCAGGACGCACCGGCCGCCAAAAAGAAGAAAAAGAGCAAGUGAUUACGCCCACAGACUGUUUCAUGAACUAUAAACGAAGAGCCCAACGUGACUGAGAUACUUUAUGUGUGAUUUAUAUUUACAGAAUA